AUGGAACAAAUUACAAGAGAAUAUGGCUUUGAUGCAUACACAGGGAAGAUAUAUGCAUUGAAUAUGGCAUGGGGAGAGGAUGAGAAAUCAUUUGCUUAUUUGAAUUGGUUUACAAAGCAAUUGUCUGAAACCAAUCCUAGAUCUCGUGUUGUUUUGGAAACUGACGGGAGUCAAAAGUUUAUGAGAUUGUUCAUUUCCUUCGGAGCAUGCAUCCGUGAAUUUAAUCAUUGUCAUCCCUUGCUAUUCAUGGAUGCAGCACAUUUGAAGAGUAAAUAUCUCGGUCACCUGAUGGCAGCAACAAGACUAAAUGGGAAUAAUGCUUAUGCUGUGGUUUCAGCUGAGACUGAUACGAACUGGAAAUGGUUUAUGGAGCAUCUCAGGGAAGUCGUUUCUCCUCAAAGAAAACUUACAUUUGUGAGUGAUCGAGAGUUUUCAAAGAGUUGGGAUAAGUUGAUGCUGGUUAAAAAUCAGAAGCUACAAGAUUAUCUUAGUAGAGCUCCAGUUGAUAAAUGGGAAGAGAGGGAGAUGCUUAUCGCUGUCAUGGUUGAUAAAAUACGACUGAAGCUUAUGGAAAUGAUGUGCACCCAUCGUGAAGAAUCUGCAACAUCGGUCAAUUGGCGAGGAGUUUUAUGUCCAAAAAUGGAAACUGAACUGUUUAACAAUAAGAUGCAUGGUCGUGCUUACUGUGUUACCAAUUCGUCAGAAUUUGUGUAUGAAGUCCAUGCUUCAUUAACACAAACGGUUGAUUUGAAAGAAAAGACACGCUCUUACAACCGCUGGAAAAUCAAUGGCUUCCCUUGCGCCCAUGAUGUUAGGUAUAUGAUGGCAAAUGGAGAAGAUCCUUAUAAAUAUGUUCAACACUACUUCACUACUAAGUCCUAUCGAGAAUCGUAUUCAAGACCAAUUCAUCCAGUUCCCACAGCUGAAAGGCCUGCGACAAUAACACCCAAGUAUGUUGUUCAUGGACCUAAAGUUUUACCACAAUUAGGUCGCCCAAGUAAGAAGAAAAGGAUUCCUAAUACAGGUUCAAUUUCUAAGAAGAAGAUGAGAACUUGUGGUAGCUGUAAUGAAUUGACUACUCAUAAUCGAAGGAAAUUCCCUACGAAGCAGAUUUGA